CUCCGGAUUAAUACGCCCGUGGAUCCCUGUAACAGGGACGGUCCGCAGGAAGAACCGCCCGCCCCCGCCCCCCAAAUCAAUAAAAGCCCGCUGGUAUUCUUGUGGCCGGCCGCGGGGCGCAGAAACUACGGAGCACGUGCCCCCUUUGGCCCGGGCGAACGUGGAGGCCGCUCGCUUAGCAUUGACCUCCGUCCCGGCACGCGGGGUCAGGCCAGAGUCGCUGGGGAAGCGCCCAGACGCGCAAGGCCAAGGACCGGUCCCUGGUCUCCAGGCUUCCACCAAAAGCGACCCCAGAGUUAGAUUUUAUCAGGGGAAGUAUCCCACGAAAGUUCCAACGUUCCAGAUUCUGGGGCUCCUCCCACGGGGGACGUAACCCUCAGCCUCGGAGUCUGCGCAGAAGAAGUUCUCCGCUGUCUCCCUCCCCGACCCCCAUCCACCCCGCGUCCUCUUCGUAGCAACGAGCUCUUGAGCCUACGGCGCGUGCGCGGGCUCGUUGCUAGGGAAGGCGGGAUUAAAGGAGGCCGGAAGGUGGUGGUUGCUGUCCUUCGACUUUUAUCCUCCGGCAGAAGCCUGUUUCCGGUCCGUCUCUCUCCCGAGUCCCCCUCCACCUCCCCCGGCUCUGAGUGCCCGCUCCCUUAAGCCAAAAGAGCCGAGCCCCGCGGGGGCGGGGCAGGGUGGGAGGGGGGCAGCUCGAGGAGUUCGGCUGGGCGGGGCCGGGCGGCCUCCCCUCAGAGCGAGCCGGGGCAAUGUUCAGCCCUGGCGCUGAGGCGGCGGCGGCGGCGUUGGACCGGAGUCUCCGGCGCCUCCUGCGGGCCGGGGCUGUACUCAGGUGUAAGGUGAUGAAGAACUGGGGAGUGCUCGGGGGGGUCGCCGCGGCCCUGGCGGCGGGCAUCUAUGUGCUGUGGGGCCCCAUCACGGAGAGGAAGAAGCGCAGGAAAGGGCUUGUUCCUGGUCUUCUCAACUUAGGAAACACCUGUUUCAUGAACUCCUUGCUGCAAGGCCUUUCUGCCUGUCCCACGUUCAUCAAGUGGUUGGAGGAGUUCACUGCCCAAUAUCCUGCGGAUCAGAGAGAGACCACUAAGCCCCAGUACUUGUCCUUAACCCUGCUGCGCCUACUGAAAGCUUUGUCUUGCCAAGAAGUGGCCAGUGGAGAGGAGGAGGAGGACGUCCUGGACGCUGGCUGCCUGCUGGAGGUGCUGCGGAUGUACAGGUGGCAGAUCUCCUCCUUCGAGGAGCAGGACGCACAUGAAUUAUUCCACGUCAUCACGUCUUCUCUAGAGGACGAGAGAGAUCGCCACCCUCGGGUAGCACAUCUGUUCGACAUGCAUUCUUUGGAGCUGCAACAAGAAAUGACCCCCCAGCAAAUAAGCUGCAGAAUACGAGGAGCGCUUCACCCCAUGUCCAGCACCUGGAAAUCUCAGCAUCCUUUCCAUGGGAGACUUACUAGUAACAUGGUUUGCAAGCACUGUGAGCACCAGAGCCCUGUGAGAUACGAUACCUUUGACAGUCUUUCUUUAAGUAUCCCCGCUGCCACGUGGGGUCGCCCUUUGACUCUGGACCACUGCCUUCAUCAUUUCAUCUCCUCAGAAUCAGUCAGGGAUGUUGUGUGUGACAAUUGUACCAAGAUUGAGGCGGAAGGGACCCUGAAUGGGGAAGUGGUCGAACACCAGAGAACCACCUUUGUCAAACAGUUAAAGCUCGGGAAGCUUCCUCAGUGUCUGUGCAUCCAUCUGCAAAGACUGAGCUGGUCCAGCCAGGGCACGCCUUUGAAACGUCACGAACAUGUACAGUUUAAUGAAUUCCUGAUCAUGGACAUCUAUAAAUAUCACCUCCCCGGCUGCAAACCACACCAGCACAAUCCCAGACUGAAAGAGAAUGCUGCGACGGUCUUGGAAGUGAGGGAUGGGAUGGCAGCCCCCAAGUCAGCUUCUGCUCAGCCCAGCAGGACCAAAGCACUUUUCGUCAAUGGGGCUUGCUCCUCACCAACACUGCUGCCAACCACAGGCGCUUUCUCUCUCCCAGGUGUUCCUGACUAUAGGCUGAUGGCUGUUGUGGUCCAUCAUGGAGACAUGCAUUCUGGUCACUUUGUGACUUAUCGACGUUCCCCUCCUUCUGCUAAGAACCCUCUGUCUACCAGCAGCCAGUGGUUAUGGAUCUCGGAUGACACCGUUCGAAAGGCGAGUUUGCAGGAGGUUUUGUCUUCAAGUGCUUAUCUGCUCUUUUAUGAGCGGGUCCUUUCGAAAGCCCAGCAACACCAAAGCCAGGAAUACAAGUCUGAAGAGUGAAACAGAGAGCCAGGCCUAGCAAAAGUGCUCAGAACUGUUCAGAAAGAAAACAAAAACAAAAAACAAAAACCCUAAAUUUUUCUCUGUAUACAUUAUGAAAAUAGCCUGACUCCAGUUCUUCAACAUUCCGGUGUGGUGGUGAUGGAGAGCUCUCUGGGAGCUGUCGUCUCCUGAUCCAUGCCCAAACCAAGCUACUGGAAGCAAGUCUGAUAGUGGCGGGCCCUCGGGAGUGCCGUGGUGUUAGAAAGCAUCGUGAUGUCUGCAAGAUGUCUUCAGCCCUCUCUGACACUGGGGCCCGCAGAGUUCUAGACGCCCGAAGCCACUUUGGAUGUGUGCAUUGCGAGUUGUAAGAGGAGAUUCACUUUGCCUAAUUCUAAAAAAAAUUUCAGGUCAGAUUUCUCUAUUUAAAAAGCAGGCCUGUAGAAGCUGUGAGUGAGAAUUUCCAUAGUUAUUAAAGGCAGCAAUUUAAAAGAAGUGCCUUCCCCUUGUUUAAGUGAUUACGGUCCAGCCAGUCGCUUUUGUAAGGAAUCACGUCCAAAAUCCACGCCGCUCAGUGAGGCCGAGAAAGACCUUUUGAAAGGCUUAGCUCCUUUUUUCCUUAGUGGAGGAACCAGUGCAGCCCCCGCUUUUGUACAUCCACAGGUCAGGUCGUUCUACAUUGGAAGAGGACCUGGCCCAUGCUACCUGCUUUGUCCUUUGUAACGAGAUUUCCUUGUGUCUGUCCCUUCUGGGAGUGCUGCUCUGGUCGGCUCAUCCUAGGCCCUGACCUGGUAUAGGGCACUGUGGGUGGGAGACAGGGGCAGACCCGGUAUGGACGCUAGAAGCUGGGUCACCAGGGAGGCUAAUUCAGGCUGGUCUCACCCUGCUCCAAAGCUGUCUUUGCCCCCCAACACUGUGUCCUCACCCAUAUAUCUAUGUUGUGAACUCAUUCCCCACAUGUUCUUAUGCACAUCUUACUCAUCAGACUAUUAUAAUAGAUAUUUAUUAGGCACAGAGUGAAAAUACGUACUAAAUUUAAUCAUGUUCUUAUUCUUUUCAGAGUUCUUAAGUCCAGGCACUGUAAGGCUGAAAAGCUUGUUAGCUACCCAAGGCCUGCCUAUGUUUAGUGAAAGUUUUUAAAAAAUAAAUAAAACGAGAAUUACGUCUGCACUAAAACUGCAAAUUUUCCAGAGGUAGGACUUGGGCCAGAUCCCACCCAGAAGGCCUCCCAAGGUAAAGCCCAAACUUGCUUCUGCCAAUCUUUCUGCCCAAGACCGUGCAGUUGUCCAAGAACUUCCAAGCAAGGCCUUCUUCCCUGGCUUGGCUCCAUAGACCGAAGCUUUCCCGAGUGCCAGAGCAGAGGCCCACAGGCCUGAUUUGGGGCACUUCUCUGAGGGAUCCGUCUGGCUGUGGGUUUGCUCAGCUCAUUCCUUCACCUCAGGUGGUUUUAACUAUGUAAUGGAUCUGCUUUGCCCCAGGCCAGGGAAGCAAGAGCCCAGACAGAUUUAAACUGUGUUCUUAAGUUGGCAUCUGCUGAAAUUCCUUUGGAAAAGGACCUCAGUGAGACCAGAAUGUGGAGGUUUUUACGAGCAUUUCUCUGCAGGUCAGAAGGGAGGCUCAGGACACGGUAGAUAAUGGUGAAAGACGUUUGCAGAGAAAAACCUUUAACUGUGUUUUGUAAAAGCUGACAAUUCUCUAAUGUCUUAGCAGUUAUCGCAUCAAAGCCAGAGGGCUGAUUUUGAGGUUAGGGUAAAUAAUUAACUUAGUUCCUUAUGGCAAAGAUUUAAAUUAAAUGAAUAGUUUACAGUACAAAACACUGGUUUUGUGGAUCUGCUGAGAACAUCUGUUUGUACCUGCUGUGUGGAUUAUGGCAAUAAAGAUUCAUUUUAUUAGAAAAGGUAAGCUGGCAGUGGUUUUGCAGCUUCCUGUUUCAUUGCAAAGACAAAUGAAAGUAUGUAAGGCAGUCCUUUAAUAAAUCAACAUGUGCUAUUUCAUCCUC